ACUCUGCGACUACCGGCUCUCCUAGGCCAUGUAAACAAAAGAUGGCAGCUGCCUUGACAGGUGAGGAUGCAGAGAGCAGUCUGCACGAUGAUAGCGAUUCCUCGGACAGUACGGCGAGCUGCUCCCCGGCAGAUGAGAACAGGACUCUGCCGAUGUGCCCAAGCCUGGCGGGGCUGCCAGAGGAGCUUCUGGAGCUCAUCCUAUGUAAGGGGGAUCUGGACUACAGGGACAUGGCCAGUGUCAGCAGUGUCUGCAGGCGGCUCCGAGCGGUGUGUGCCACCCGGGGGAAAAUAUGGAGGAAGCAGCUGUUUACUCGAUGGCCAACAAUAAUCAAGUACUAUAACCAAAUGGACCUUCCAGAUUGGCAGGAAGAGUAUAAAAGUCGGCACAAGGCUGGCAUAGCCGCACGAAAACUAGUGUCCUCAUUCUCAAAGGAACUCAUCGUGGAGCAUCGUUUGCCCUGUGAAGGUUUUAAUGAUCUUGAGAGUUUGGGCCAUCCUGCACAUUUCAUUGAAGAUGAGUUAUUGUCUAUAAUUGGUAUAGAGAGCUGGAAGUGUUUUAUACAGAAGUAUUGUGCAAAGAAGAUUCUAUAUUGCAUGCGCCAAGAGUCUACCAUGUCUAAAUUUAAAGAGUUCCUUCAAAGACCUGCAGACCAACAAAACAUUCUAGAAGGAGCUGUUCUCAUUGAUCAGUACUGUAAUCCUCUAGGAGAUGUGAGUUUUGCAGAUAUUGAAACACAGAUUGAAGAUAUCUUGAGAAAGGUGAAAGUUUACCUGAGUAUGAAGAACAGUAGACACCCUAGUCUGUCUCUGCAGGCAGGUGGUAGAUCUCUCAUUGAAGACCUUGAUCUACAGGGGGAGGCACUGGAUGCUCUAAAUCAUGUCCUCUUUGUUGACCUGAAGUUUCAAGGAAAUGUAUCAGAUUUCUAUAACCCUCUUAAUUCCUAUAUGCACCAGGUUCUAAUUAAUAAGACAGGAAUCCCCAUAAGCCUCUGCGUACUCUAUCUCACACUUGCUAUGCGCCUGGGAGUUUUUCUGGAGCCAGUCAAUUUUCCUCAUCAUUUCAUGCUAAGAUGGUGCCAAGGUACCCGUGGAAGUUCAUUUGUUACAGACUAUGUUUUUGUGGAUGCAUUUGGAUCUGGAAAAUACCGGACUGCUAAAGAGUGUGAACACCUGAUUGGUCAGCCUGUAACGGAAGAGUUUUUUGCAGCUGUCAACACUAAGGAGGUCCUACAGCGUAUGGUAGGAAACCUGCUCAACCUCGGCAAAAGGGAAAGUAAAGACCGUAGCUUUAUGCUGCUGAGAGUAUCUUUGGAUCUGUAUCUAGCCAUGUAUCCAGACAGCGUGCAACACCUAUUGCUACAAGCGCGACUGUAUUUUCACCUCGGUAUAUGGCCUGAAAAGGUCUUGGAUAUCUUGCAGAAUAUUCAGGCUUUGGAUCCAUCACAGCACGGCGCUGUGGCAUAUCUCGUCCAGCAUACAUUGGAGCAUAUAGAGAGGAGAAAGGAUGACAGCUCACUUCAUGCAAAGCUGAGAUCGAAUGAGAAGGAAGUGUGUUAUUCUGUAGGACUUAUUAUGAGGCAUAAAAGAUAUGAUUAUAGUUGUGUAAUCUUCAGCUGGGAUCCUUUGUGUAUGAUGCCGCCAGAUUGGAUGGAAAACCUGGAUCUCUACAACCUCUCAAAAGGAAUAACGCAGCCAUUUUAUAGUGUGCUUCUUGAAGAUGGUACUUGUAAUUAUGUUGCUCAAGAGGACCUUGAACCACAUCCAUCUCCUACAGAAAUCUCACAUCCGGAUAUAAAUCUUUACUUCUCAGAGUUUGCAGGAAAUCACUAUGUUACAAAAAAAGAGCUACAGCUUCAGUACCCAGAAGAUGCCGAGUGGAUUUUCAAGCAGAGCGUGGAGGGCCAACCAGAUUCUUCACCCCAGGAACCAUGAUUUCUGUCUCUAAAUUCUAGCUUUUUAUUAGACGAGGUUACUUUUGUAGGAAUGGUGCUCCCUGUAUAGGAACACAAGGGCCACCUGAUUUGUUAGUCUAAUAGCCUUUUGAACAUGCCCUUACUUAGCAUGCUGAAUAGUUAUGUAAUAUAAGGUAAAGUAGUUUAAGGAUACAAUACUCCUUCAUGAAACACAACUAGACCCAAUUCUGUAUGUUUCACGAUCAACUGAAAUGUUCAGUGUUAUUUAAUUACCUCCUACAUGCCUACAAUGAAGCAACAGCAAUUGUUUAUUGCACCUUGCUUUAUUAGGUAUUUGAAUACAUGCAUUUUAACAGGCUCACCAGUAAGUCAUGUUACUAUAAGAUAAUUGCUCUAUAUUGCACUGAUCUAUAGUACAGUUUUCAGAUCCAGCCUAGUUUGAUUAUUAGUAGCUUAUAGAGUUUAUACUAUUUUAUUUUUUAUCUAGCAUCUUCUUGAAAGAACCAAUACAUUUAAAACAAAAGCUAACACAUCAGUAAUUGGGAUUACUCAAAAUUAUGUGUAAAAGCUUCAAUAGUUUACCAAACGCAUCUGGUUUUUAAUCCAAGGGUGGGGGCAAUAGCUUGCAUUCCCUCUGAGUAAGGCAAGUGAAAUGCUUUGUACUUGGCAGCCACCCUCCUGUUGGCGUAUAAAAAGAGUAAUGCCUCGUACAGGAUUUCUGACUGGAAAAGUUCCCGUUGGAAAUCCCGAGGGGAAAGCCGAGAACCUGCUCGGUUCAGUCUUUCUCCUACACACGGACGGUUUUCCCGA